CUCCCCCCAGUCCCACCCUGUUUGCGGAAGUGAAACAUUGCAGUUCUCUGCAUUGCUCAAGGACGACGUAAAGCGUCGGAAAGGUUUCACAAAUGACAAUGAGCAAACUGCACGUCGUACAGCAGGACCUUGUUGCAGCCAUCCGCGCAGCAUUCCAAGUGGCUGUGGACUCGGCUGUCCGAGAUGUGAUGGGACUUGUCGGCAAGGCGACGAGUAGCAUCUGCGAGGAGCUACGGAGAGAAAACGAGUCUUUGAAAGAACAAUUGGAGCGAGCCGCGGUAGACCUGAACCGAAGUGUUGGUCUUCCUGUUUUAAGGCUUCCACUUUCUGCCUCCGAUCCCACUGAUCGACUCCUGCCUCACAUCGGCCCGAGAACAGAUGGAGAAGACAUGUGGAGGACGGACACGGGUGGAUGUUCCACCGCCAAAGUGGACCAUGAGACCUGUGACGACAUGCAUAGGUCGGACUGUGCUGAAGAGACACACGGUGAUGGAGGUUUCACUCAAGAAGAGCUGUCCAAUGCAUGUGUGGUGAAGGUAGAACGCCUAAACCCACUCUGCCAGUACCAACCACACCACCAAACACCACCGCCUUGCGCUGCAGACAGCGCCAUAGUGGAGGAGAUGACCUUAAAGAAGGAGAGUCCAGAAGAGACGAGGGAUGCAUCACCUCCAUCAAUGGAUUCACUGCAAGUGGAAGACUUAAGCACAGAGUGUUUGUCCACCGUCCGGUCAACUUUAUUGCACGAGUGGAUUGCAGAAGCGCAGGAUUUUCAGCACCAGUACUCACAACAAAAUUUUCUACCAAACCCGGAGGCCUCUUCACUUGUUUUCGGAGAUCAUUCCCAUAGCGACCAUCUCAACAAUAAUAACCGCAUCUAUACAUGCAAGUCAUGCAACAGGUCUUUCCAGAAGCCCAGUGAUCUGCUGCUCCACUCCAACCAUUGCCAACAGAAGACACUCGCGAGCAGAAAACGGGCCAACAUGCACCGUUACCCACCUGGAAGCAGUCCUUUCCACUGCCCAGAGUGCAAACGAGAGUUCAACCGCAGGGAAAACCUCAUGACCCACCUUCGCAUCCACACGGGGGAAAGGCCUUUCACCUGCUCGGUCUGCUUGAAGUGUUUCCGUCACUCCGGGGCGCUCACCAGGCACUUCCGGAUCCACACCGGUGAGAAGCCGUAUAUAUGUGGACAAUGUGGGAAGUCCUUCAGGAACGGUGGAGGGCUCAAAUUCCACCAGCGCCUACACAACACAUAACUGAGUGGUAUCCACAAGCGUGUAGAACAGUAUGUUGCUAUGUUUCAAUGUAAGCUUCUGUGUUUUUUUUACUCAUUACAUCAUGAAUGUUUUUCAUGCCUACAUUCACAAUAGUCAAAAUGAAAUGUUGGUAACACCUUAGUUUGGGGAACAUAUUCACCAUUAAUUAGUUGCUUAUUAAAGUAACAAAGACUUAAUUUUGAGUUAUUUGGACACUAGGGGAACAUAUAAGGGUUAGGGUUAGGGUUAGGGUUACUAAUCAGCAAUAAUUCUGAGGUUAUUGAGGGAAGACUCUUAGUUAAUGGCUUACCGGUUGUAUAAUAAGGCCAUGCAGAAUAAGGUAUUAAUAAGUACUUAAUCAUGACUAAUUAAGAGCCAAUAUGUUACUAAUUUGUAUGUUAAUAAGCAACUAAUUAAUGGUGAAUAUGUGUUCCCCAUACUAAAGUGUUACCCAAAUGUUUAAUUGUGCUCACUGCUCAUCAUCAGUGGAAAUACUAACACAAAUGAUUUAUAAUGUGGUGUGAUUGGCCUAAAUGCAUCCUGUAUUUUGAUUUUCAGUGCAAUUUAUUAAUAAUGUUAAGAGAAUAUUUUCUAACCAUGGGACAGAGUGAAUUGCACAAGAAGUCUCACUGGUUGUGCAGUACAUUAUGAUCAAGGACAUAACAAUGAAUACACCCUGUGUUUGCUGUCUUUGCAAAUACACACACAUUGUUUCUUAUUUAGGUUGAUACAACGUUGAAUAUACAUACACGUCCUUUAAAAUUGACUUUGAAACCAUGUUGCAAAUAAGGUGUAUUUGUAAAUUGGUACAACAUUGAUGUCCCAACGUUAGAUCCACGUUGUUGGUUGGGAAAUGACCAGAUUUCCACUGUCUAGUCAAC